GGUAGAGAAGAUCUGGAGCCCCCCCAAGGGUGAGUACAAUGGGCUCUGGCAAGUCCCGAUCCCGGCCCGAGUCUCCGGCUCCGUUGGACUGUCCCUACGGCUCUCCCACUCUUUCGGUUUUUCCCCCUCCCCACCACCAUUUGCAUCUUGCCGAAAGCCGAGCCCUUCCCACUCAUUUGCAUAUCUUAUAUGGCCUAAUGGUGGCGAUCAUGGCAAGUUAGAAGUUUUCUGACUCCUCUCGGAGGAGACUCCGGGACCCCGGGGAGUAACAGGUGUCUGGAGUCUAAAGGGUGGAGGGGUUCCAGGACUUGGGGUUCUCUUGUAAAACUCCCCUCCACCCUCCUCUCUCACACCUACCCAUCCCCUCACCCUCUUCUUUUUCGUACUUGGAAAAUGGUGUCCAAGCUCACUUCGCUCCAGCAAGAACUCCUGAGCGCCCUGCUGAGCUCUGGAGUCACCAAGGAAGUGCUGAUCCAGGCCUUAGAGGAGUUACUGCCGUCCCCGAACUUUGGGGUGAAACUGGAGACGCUGCCCCUGUCCCCAGGGAGCGGGACGGAUCUCGACACCAAGCCGGUUUUCCAUACUCUCACCAAUGGCCACGCCAAGGGCCGCUUGUCUGGGGACGAGGGUUCGGAGGACGGAGACGACUAUGACACCCCUCCCAUCCUCAAGGAGCUACAGGCACUCAACACCGAAGAGGCCGCGGAGCAGCGGGCCGAGGUGGACCGGAUGCUCAGCGAGGACCCUUGGAGAGCCGCCAAAAUGAUCAAGGGCUACAUGCAGCAGCACAACAUCCCCCAGAGGGAGGUGGUUGACGUCACAGGCCUGAACCAAUCCCACCUCUCCCAGCACCUCAACAAGGGCACCCCCAUGAAGACCCAGAAGCGAGCCGCCCUGUACACCUGGUAUGUCAGAAAGCAACGGGAGAUCCUCCGACAGUUCAACCAGACAGUCCAGAGCUCUGGAAAUAUGACAGACAAAAGCAGUCAGGAUCAGCUGCUGUUUCUCUUUCCAGAGUUCAGUCAACAGAACCAGGGGCCGGGGCAGUCCGAGGAUGCCUGCUCUGAGCCCGCCAACAAGAAGAUGCGCCGUAACCGGUUCAAAUGGGGGCCCGCAUCCCAGCAAAUUUUGUACCAGGCCUACGACCGGCAAAAGAAUCCCAGCAAGGAGGAGAGGGAGGCCUUAGUGGAGGAGUGCAACAGGGCAGAAUGUUUGCAACGAGGGGUCUCCCCCUCCAAAGCCCACGGCCUAGGCUCCAACUUGGUCACAGAGGUCCGUGUCUACAACUGGUUCGCAAACCGCCGGAAGGAGGAAGCAUUCCGGCAGAAGCUGGCCAUGGAUGCCUAUAGCUCCAACCAGACGCAUAACCUGAACCCCCUGCUCACCCAUGGCUCCCCUCACCACCAGCCCAGCUCCUCUCCUCCCAACAAGCUGUCAGGAGUGCGCUACAGCCAGCAGGGGAACAAUGAGGUCACUUCCUCUUCAACCAUCAGUCACCAUGGCAACAGUGCCAUGGUGACCAGCCAGUCGGUUUUACAGCAAGUCUCCCCGGGCAGCCUGGACCCAGGCCACAGUCUCCUCUCACCUGAUGGUAAAAUGAUCACUGUCUCAGGAGGAGGACUGCCCCCCGUCAGCACCUUGACGAAUAUCCACAGCCUCUCCCACCACAACCCCCAGCAAUCUCAAAACCUCAUCAUGACGCCCUUGUCUGGGGUCAUGGCCAUUGCACAGAGCCUCAACACCUCCCAAGCCCAGAGUGUUCCGGUCAUCAACAGUGUGGCCAGCAGCCUGGCGGCCCUCCAGCCUGUCCAGUUCUCCCAACAGCUGCACAGUCCUCACCAGCAGCCUCUCAUGCAGCAGAGCCCAGGCAGCCACAUGGCCCAGCAGCCCUUCAUGGCUGCGGUGACUCAGCUACAGAACUCCCACAUGUAUGCACAUAAACAGGAACCCCCUCAGUAUUCCCACACCUCCCGGUUUCCAUCUGCGAUGGUGGUCACAGAUACCGGUAGCAUCAAUACCCUCACCAGCAUGUCUUCCAGUAAACAGUGUCCACUACAAGCCUGGUGAUGCCUACAUAACCACUCACUUUGUGUGCAGCAACAAGGACCCCAUUUUCCACACCAUCAAGUCUCCCUGGGCAGCUGUCACAGAAAGACCCGGUGACCUGCCGAGCACCAGGGAGCCCAGGAGAGGUCCCUGCUUACCUGACACCCUGCAGGCACCUUGAACAACCUGCUCCCUAGCGGUGCAGCCUGAAGCCUAGCUUCCCUUCUCUGCAGUAUUGCCACGAUGCCUCUCCC